GGGCCGCUCUGUCUCCUGCUGAGCCUCCUUUGCUUUUGCAGCUCUUUUUUGCAACUUCGCUGGGAAUGCAUUUACAUUUAAUUUAAUUUUUAAAAAAUAUUUGGGGGUCCUCUAACGUCCGGAAAAGGGGCCCAACCUCAGCAGCUGCUUGGAAAGAACAAGCUGCACUUUUGCAACCUUUGCCAAAUUCCCCCCCCAAGCCUUUUUUUCUUCCUUUUUUCUUUGGGGGGGUUUUUUAAAAAACCUCCCCCCCCCCCCUUUUGCACUUUUGCAUUUCUCUCUUUGCAUGCAAUUGCUUUAAGAGAGAAGGAAAAAAUAGCAAUUAAAAAGAGGAAUUUUGCAUUGACAACCAAGGCUCUAGUCCUUAAGAAAGAUCAGAGCAUGCAACCAACCUUCGGAAAAUAAUUGCAUUUUGGGUUUUUUUUGCAGCCAGCUCGGCUCCUUUAUUUUAUUUCAUUUUAUUUUUGCAAGGCAUCCAGUUUCCCCCUCCCUUUUGAGGCGUGCCUUUUGCUGUUCUCUGACUUCUGGGAAACCACCAUGGACAGAAAACAAGGAUCCUUGGAAAAGCGCAAAGGAGGGCCCAAGAAGAGACGACCUCCCAUCUUGAGAAUGCCGUCAGCUAAUAAGCAGCCAUCCGUCCCCCCAACACCUCCCAGGAACUUGGACUCCAGGACUUUUAUUACUGUUGGUGAGAAAAACUUCGAAGUGGAGGCAGAUGACUUGGUGAGCAUCGCUGAGCUGGGAAGAGGUGCUUACGGCGUGGUUGAGAAAGUAUACCAUGCGCAGAGUGACACUACCAUGGCUGUGAAGAGAAUCCGAGCCACUGUGAAUACUCAAGAACAGAAGAGGCUACUAAUGGACUUGGACAUCUCCAUGAGGACAGUCGAUUGCUUUUACACGGUCACUUUCUAUGGAGCCCUUUUCAGAGAGGGUGAUGUCUGGAUCUGCAUGGAGCUAAUGGAUACAUCUCUGGAUAAAUUUUAUAAGAAAGUCUUGGAGAAGAAGAAAACAAUUCCUGAAGAUAUACUUGGGAAAAUAGCAGUGUCUAUUGUUCGAGCGCUUGAACAUUUGCACAGUAAGCUAUCAGUGAUUCACCGAGAUGUCAAGCCGUCCAAUGUCCUUCUCAAUAAACAAGGGCAUGUCAAAAUGUGUGACUUCGGGAUCAGUGGUUACUUGGUGGAUUCAGUAGCAAAGACUAUGGAUGCUGGCUGCAAACCUUACAUGGCUCCAGAAAGGAUAAACCCUGAGCUGAACCAAAAGGGAUAUAAUGUGAAAUCAGACGUCUGGAGCCUUGGGAUUACCUUGAUCGAGAUGGCCAUUCUCCGUUUCCCCUAUGAGUCGUGGGGCACCCCUUUCCAGCAGCUAAAGCAAGUGGUGGAAGAGCCUUCACCUCAACUCCCUGCUGACCGUUUCUCAAAGGACUUUGUGGACUUCACGGCCCAGUGCUUGAGGAAGAAUCCUGCCGAACGAAUGAGCUACUUGGAACUCAUGGCCCAUCCUUUCUUCACUCUGCAUGACACCAAAGAGACUGAUGUGGUUUCCUUCGUCACAGAAAUCCUUGGAGAUGAUUCUUAAAAAAUUUGCAAGGCCCCUGCCAUCAUUGAACAAAAAGAACUGGCACAGCGUCGACCCGGUUUCUCCCUGCGAGGAGAGAAAGGGAGUAAGGACUUCUUAACAUUAACAGUGGUUUGCACAAAACAGAAUGAAUGUCUUCAUCGCAUCCUCCCUAAAACAGAUUUUUUGUUUUCGACAUCAGGUUGGACUCGUGCCAUUAUUGUUACUUUCUUUUUUUAAAGGGAGACCUUUCUAAAUUACACAUUUCUACAGGGAGAAAUCCAGCAGUCGCACACAGUCUUGCUGAAAGAUUGGCUUUAUGCGGUUAAUUCUCCAACCCAUCCCCUUUGAUUGACAUCUAAUUCAUUAUAUAUUUUUUUGCCCCAAACAUUUUUCCAGAUGCUCAGGGAUAUGCCAAAUCCACACCAAACUGCAGGCGUAUAACACAGUAUGCUCCUUUGCAGUUUAACCAACGUGCCUGGCAAAAUCGAGGAGAAAAAAAUCCUGCAUGAAAUUAGGUUGCCACUUCCUUAAAAACAACAACACUCCUCCAUGUUAAAAUGCUCUGUAUAGAAGAAAACCAAGACAAGAAAGAAGAUGCUAAAUUAAAAACUCUGUUUCUUCUCUCCCCUUAAAAACUUUCUCCUCUCUUCUUCUGUCCUCCCUUCCUUACCAGAGAAUCCUUUAAUUCUCUCCCAUGGUUUUAUUGAACAAGUUGCUUCUCACAACCUCUGUCUAAAUUUAUUUCUGCUGUAUUUUUGCUUUACAGCCCACCUGAAAUAGAUAGCUGCUUCUCAGCUAUUCAGUUAGUACCAAAUCUCAGCAGAUUCAUCAUGGAUCUGGGCUUGAACCUUCCAGCAAUCAUAACCCUGCGGAGUAAUUCCGGCACUGCUGCCUCCCUUAGUUUAUUUAAAUACUAUCUCCAACCACAAGGAUGUGAUGAAAUUGCAGCUUGCAUGCCUCCUCACCCCUUGCCAAAGGGCCCUUCCGGACUAAGCAGUCAUAAUGCUAUGGUUCUACUUUAAUUGCCAUGGCUGCAUCCUGAGGAAUCCUGGGAUUUAUAGUUUGGUGGGGCACUGGGGCGUUCUGACUGAGGAUUCGAAAUACUUCCUCCCUAAACUGCGAAUUCCAGGAUUUCCCAAGAUGGAACCAUGGCAGUUAAAGUGGAAUGAGAGCAUAAUAAUUGUGAAGUGUGAAAGGCCUAAAGACAUGGAAUUUGGAGGUGGACAGUAUCUGUGUGUGCCAUGUGUACAAGUGGGAAUAGAGCUAGUUGGGUGAGAAGAAGAUGCCGUGCCCAAACUUUGCCAAAAUUGGCUGUUUUCCUUUGAAAAAUGGAAGUAGUGCUACCGUUCCAAACACAUGACACAGUCAUACAAUGCAACCCAAUCAAAGCUUCAUUGUAGACAUGCCCUGUCUUCCGUUGAUCCAUGUUGAGGGUAUCAAAUUCCAUCGUCUUUUAAAAAUCUGUGAUGUGUUGUAAUAUUAAUCUGAACAUUGUCCAUGCAUGCACCUACCCAAAAAAAGCCCAUCUGAAGCCUUCCUCACUUGUGCUAUUUAAUAUGCUCCUAUAAACCUGCCUCUCUCCAAUCUUUGGUGUCUAAUUGAAUAUUGUCUCUUCAGAGUGGCAGCAGCUGUCUUGGGUUUCAAACUGGGGUCACCCUGGGACCUACCUGGAGAUGCUGGGGAUGGAUCCUGAUCCAUUUUGCAUGCAAACAUGUGCUCUGCCUGAAAAGCAGCAACAGAACUGGGAAACGUUUACUUGUUUGGACUACAUCUCCCAGAUUCCCCCAGCCAGCAAGGCUGGAGGAUUUUUAGAAUGAUAGUCCAAAAAGUGUAACGCUUCAAGUUCUGCCUACUUCUAACUGGUUGUCUGUAUCCUUCCUAGAAAUGAUGCACAGAAGCAUUUUAGGAACAUGGGAAUCUGCCUUAUACUGAGUUAAGAACCUUGGUCCAUCUAGACUGGUAUUGUCAGCUCCGACUGGCAGCCGUUUCCUAAGAUUUGGGGUAAUGUUCUUUACAAGUGGUAUUUUUUACUGGUCUCCCAUUCACAUACUAACCAUCCUUGACUCUGCUUAGGUUUUGGAGUCAGAUUAAAUCAGGUGUAGUGGAGAGGAAGAUGGUGGUAGUAAUCGAAUGGAUGAGAUUCAUUUUUCCCAGUCUCAGCCCCAAGGAUUUGCAAGGACUCUAAAAAUCUGAGAAUGCACUCUUCCCCCCCCCCCCCAAAUCUGUUUCUUUAAAACCAGUGUGGGUUUAUUUAUAAAUGAAUAAACUGCAUGGAAGUUAGGGGUCAUUUCCCCCCAAGUCCCUUUCCUGUGGGCUACAUCCCCGACACCAAGCCCAAUUCCUUCUGUUUUAGUUUACAUUCCCUCUAAAAAUGUCAGUAAGAAGCGACAUUGUUUCUGGUGCCAUUUUGAGAGGGACUGCAGAGGAAAAUGCAAAUGGUAGGUGUAGCAAGAGGGCAUGUGGUGCAUGUAGAUGGGGGUAUUUUGGUAUGUUUUCAUGCAAUUGGAGGACUCUGCAUGAUCACACCCAAAAUGUUAACAUUUGGGGUGGGACUGGUUGGGGGCCCAUAUACCUGCCCUGCUUUGUAUCUUUGAUUUCUUUCCCUCUAUCUUUUCUGGAAGAACAAAGGGAGACAUCAGCUAUGACUUUAUACAGGGAUCUCUUUUUCUCCCCCCAUAGAUAAUUUCCCUCCUUCCAAUCCACCAAUCCCAAAAGACUGGGCUGUUGAUCGCUUAGUCUAAUUUUCUUUUCUUUCUAACAUGUUUGUACAUAUAAAUUAUAUUUUGAAAGUUUAGUUAUUUGGAGGUAAGAACUUUGCAGAAAUCAUUUGGAAGCACAGUUUUUAGCGGGGGGGGUGAUGUUUCGAGGCCUCGAGACUGUUUGGAGUGAGUUGUGUGGCAGGAUUAUAUAUAAUUGUGUGUGUGUGUGUGUGUGUACAUAUAUAAAAGCUGCCUUUAAAAAAACCCCAUUUUUCCCCUUAACAAUGACCGAUUUGUCUCACUUAUCCGGUGUUGCUGAGCACCUUUGGAAAGAGAGGUGAUCUGUUUUUGUUCACUCCUUGUCUCUUGUUCAGAUUUUCCUAAAAGGGAGUCAUCCUUUUUAAGUUUUGUAGCUCUUGGUCAGCCUUCCUUGUGCAUCUACUUUCCAGGAGCUCUGGAUUGCAGUUCCCAUGGACUGUAGUUCCCAUCACCACUUCCAGCUGGGGUGAUGGGAGUUGUAGUUAGCCAGUGGCACAUUGUCUUUUCAGCCCAGAGGUUGAAUGGUAGCCAAGAUGGCCAGUAGGACUCACAAUCUGGCCUCGACUUGGUCUCUCUUGCAAGCCAUUGAAGGCAGCUGUUUGUAUGAAAGCUACCAUAAAGCCUAUUAUAUGAAGAAAUCUUUUUGCCCGCUUUUCACAAACCCUGUGUUUUCUGCUUUUUUUUAAAAAAAUCCCUUUGUCAAACCACAACAACAAACUCAAAUCCAUGGACUAUUUUAAAAAUGGCUCCAUUUUCCCAUCUCCCGACGGAUCUCCCGACGUCUCUCCCAACUGUAACCCUGUGGCUAUGCACUUGUAUAAGAAUGAUUUUUCUGACUCUUUUUGAAUGGUGUGGUUGUUUUUCUUCUCUGUCUGAUCCUUUUCCUUGCAUACUUUGGUGGGAUUAAAAAAACACCUGCAUGGGUAUGGAUUUCAAGCUUUUUUCCCCUGCCACCCCUCUCACUUCUUCCCUUCCAAUAUAAAAAGAAAAAACUGGAUUGGGAAGGUAAGAGACUCUGUUUAGAGAACCCAGCAAAUGAAUUUUCAGAGCAGCUAUGUGAGCUGGGCUUCCAGAGCAGAGAUGGCCUUUCCACAAUCGGGAUUAAUCAUUAUUUGGAGAAAGCAACUAACUAACUUUGUUAUGCAUACAGAUUCCUUUGUGCUUUCCCCCUUCUCGCCCUCGCCUCCAAAGGAGCUGCGGUGGCAAUGAAAGAAGAGCUUGGGAAAAGUUACGUCCAGAAAUCUCAAGGUUGAGUUUUCUGGGAGGUAUAGUCCCAAACAAGUAACUUUUUUUGGAGCUCUGGCGUCCAAGUGGGGAAGAGGGACUGCAGAUGGUUUUAUAAUUUUGGGAGACUUGUUUGUAUGUGUAACAACUAACUUUGUCGUUGGUUUUCAAUAAAAUAAACCCAAACCCGG